AGUUCCUGCUCCCUCAUGUGGAGCACCGCAACCCACGACACGACGCAUCGCCACACCGGGCUAGCACACCUGCUCCCUGCUGGUGUCUGGCUCUGCCUCAAUAAUUCAAGCGCGCUGCUCAUGACCGCUCCAGCUGUCGGCGUCGCCGCCGCUCUGCUGGUGCUGGCAGCCGCCGCGGCCGUGCACUGCUCGGCGGCGACCGGCGAGGAUGCGCCCGGCACCGGGAGCUCCGCCGCCGGCCGUGGCCGCCCGGUGGUCCCGGCGAUGUACGUGUUCGGGGACUCGCUGGUGGACGCCGGCAACAACAACUUCCUGCCGCCGCCAGCGCCCAGGGCGUUGCCGCCGAACUGCAUCGACCUCCCGCGCACCGUCUUGCGGCGGACCGGCCGAUUCACCAACGGCUACAACCUCGCCGACAUCAUAGCACAGCACCUAGGAUUCAAGAUGAGCCCACCUGCUUACCUCUCGCUGACGCCGCUAUCAAGCCUCGAUCUCCUUAGAGGCCGAGGUGGCGCCAACUACGCAUCCGGUGGAUCUGGCAUUCUGGACAUCACUGGGAACGGGACGAUCACCCUGCGCAAACAAGUCGAGCUGUUCGCAGAGAACAAGGCAACGAUCAUCCGGACUGGCCUGGUGGAUCGCGAGAGGCUGGACGACCUGCUGGCCCGGUCCUUGUUUCUCAUCAGCAGCGGUGGCAACGACUUCGACGCCUUCGACAACGGCGUGCCCAUGAGCCAGGCGCCGGAGUUCAUCGCCGGCAUGGUCGCCGAUUACCUCAAGUACAUCAACGAGCUGUACGAGCUGGGAGCACGGAGGCUGGCCCUGCUCGACCUAGUGCCCGCCGGGUGCCUGCCGAGCCAACGAGCCAUCACGGCCAACGGCGAGUGCGACGCCAAUGGCAACUCCCUGUCGCAGAUGUUCAACGCCCUCCUCCGAACCGAGAUCGCCAAAGCUGUUGUGGCCUCCAUGCCGUUCUUGAAGUACUCCAUCGCCAGCCUCUACAACACCUACUCCGACAUGAUCGCCAACCCGGCGCUAGCCGGGCUGCGUGAGGUGAAGAGAGGGUGCUGCGGCGGCGGAAAGUUCAAUGGCGAGGUCGAGUGCACCAUGGCCUCCAGCCUCUGUGGGAACCGCGACGAGUACCUUUUCUGGGACAUGGUGCACGGGACGCAGGAGGCCUACCGCUGGGCUGUCCUCUCCUUCUUCCACGGUUCGACGAGGGAUGCCGAGCCCAUCAACCUUGCACAGCUGAUGCAAGAACCGCUGUCCAUGGCGACAGCUCCUUGCUCCUCCAUCUAAUGGUGUUAUUUUUCGAUAAUGAAAUAAAAAGGAAUACCCCAGGCUCUACCUUUGAUAAUGCAUAAAGCCAAUUGGCAAAAGCUAGACCAUAGUAAAGUCUUAAUAUAAAUACAUCUAAUGGUGUUGCUCC